CGGAUAGAGUCAAAAUGGUAGGUUCUCCCCAUCCAAGAAAGAAAAUAUUAUUGCUGGCCCUAACUCUGUUCAAUAAAUCCUUUUGACAGUGUGCACUGGUUAUAAGGCCGAACGAGUCAUAGAUGUACGAGAUAGGUGUCCUUGUCUCUCUCGUUCGUUGUCCCCCGGCUCUUUUCGAAGAGUGAUCGUAUUUCCAUGCCCUGCGUACUUGAUUUCUCUUCAAGGUUGUACAAUGACGGUGCCGUUUGUGUUUUGGAAGUCGGCCGAGAAAGAACGAGGCCAUGACCCGUUGUUAGGUCAAGGUCGUGUUGAACACACGCCGUUUUCAAAAUGACUUUAUCAACCAACGGCCGCGGAAGAACGGUGACUUAAUAAAGGUGUGUCGAGGAGAAAGUUUCAGAAUCCAUUUUAGUAAAAAUUCUAGAUCUAGUACCAAGCAAACAGGAAAAAAAAACCGCGAGAAAAUGUCGGCGACAGAAAACGUAUUCGGUGAUCUGGCCAAGAAGUACAAAAUCCACCCAGAGUCGGAAGCUGUUGCCAAACUUAUCAGUGAAGGCGGCGUGAGGUUUUACGACCUUGACCUCAAUGGAACCCGGAAGCAGUUCGAGGCGAUGUGCGAGCCGGAGAAACGGGACGACUUCGACGGCACCAUCGAGGAGCUCCUGGUUCCAAGAGACAGCACCGGGGGCGUGCCAGUGACGGUGUUCAAAUCCAGCUCCGCGCCGGCUGACCCUUUGAUCCUCAUCCACCUUCACGGCGGAGGCCUGGUCGCGGGCAGCCGCGCUUCCUAUGACCACAUAGCUCGUCACGCCGCCGAUCUAACGUCCAGUGUUGUGGUCAACGUGGAGUACAGACGUAUGCCGGGUGGUGACGGAGAGGGGCUCUUGCCGUCCUUCGACGACUGCACGACUGUCGCGCGAUGGGUGCUGGACAACCGCGAGAAGGUCGGGGGCACUCCGGCCAGCAAAGUGGGCCUGAUCGGCGACAGCGCUGGGGGACAGCUCGUAUGCUCUGUCACAAACGACAUCGCUGAAGGGUUCAGCUUCCAGGUGCUGAUCUACCCAGUGACCAACGUGAGCUUCACACAGGCGUCAUCGAAAGAGCUCCACGACAUCCCCUUGUUCAACACGAGAGAGGCCAUCCACAUCUACUCUCUGGCCCUCGCCGGUAUUUCUGACGCCCAAGACAACCCAAGGUUAAACCCGUGCAUACGGAAAAAUUUAGCUCAGUGUCCGCCUACGUUCAUCCAAGUAGCAGAGCUCGACGGCUUAAAAGACCAAGGGAUUGCUUUUGGGGAGCAGCUGAAAGAGGCUGGGGUUGCCACCAAAGUGAAGAUGUACGAAGGGCUCCCACACAUCUUUAUGCUGUUGAGACAGGCUUUCCCGUCGCAGUUUGUCCGUGGCUGGCAAGAUAUUGCGGACUUCAUUAAGUCUUUGUAAUUCUGCAAAGUAAAAUACGUUGUUAUUCCCCCAAAAGGUAUAAGCUAAAAACUGAUGUGCCUUUUAACUCAUCGGAAGUUUCCUCUUCUAUUCUUUUCCUUUCUACUCUGAAAGGUAGAAAAGGCAUAUCAGAAGCUCAUUCUAUAUGAUCUGGCAAACCUUUUGUUUGCAUUUAAAGUAUGAUAUAGUGAUCUGCAGUUACGUCUUUCUCUGAAA